UCGGUAGGAAGAGCAAAAACAAAAGGAAAGACUAAUCUGGGGGUAACGGGCGGCCGAUGGGAAUUUCUGGAUACGGAAAUCCAAUUCCCAUUUGCCGAUUCCCCAAAUUAGAGAGAGAAAGAUCAAUAAACUAUGAUCAUUAUUCUCUUUUACUCCAUUCAACUACCGCUUCCUUGCGACUCAUCUUCAGGUUCUGCUGUGGUUCUGAUCUAAUUUGCUGGUGCUGUGCUGUGCUGUGUUCCAUUGCAGAGUUUGAAUUAGCUUAGCUGUGAUAUGGACUCCGAUGAUCCUACUGCUGUUAGAAAACUUCAGAAGGCUGGCCGUGAAAAACAACGCAGGUGUCGGUUGAAUGAGCAGUUCAUUGAGUUGGGAACCACACUUGAUGCUGAAAGGCCAAAGAAUGACAAAGCUACCAUACUAACUGAUACUAUUCAGCUGCUCAAAGAUUUGACUGCUGAAGUCGACAAACUUAAAGCCGAACAUACUGCUUUGAGUGAUGAAUCUCGUGAGUUGACGCAAGAGAAGAAUGAUCUUAGGGAAGAGAAGACAGCUUUAAAAUCAGACAUCGAUAGACUUAGUUCACAAUGUCAGCAGAGAGUUGGUCCUGCUUAUCCAUGGGUAGCUAUGGAUUCGGUUCUUCAACAUCCACCUUCUUACCCAUAUCCCAUGCCGAUGCCCGUUCCUUCAGGUGCAGUCCCAAUGCAUCUAUCUAUGCAGCCAUAUCCAUUCUUUGGCAAUCCAAACCCUGGAAUGUAUGCCAACCCAUGUUCUACUUUUAUUCCAUACAUGGCCCCGAAUCUUCCAGCUGAGCAGCCAUCAACCCAAGAUGUUUCUCCUCGCAUGCAGCCAGGUAGUAGGACCCAAGUUUCAGCCGGACAUGGUGUUGGAACUUCAUCAGAUAAGCAUGAUAGACAAGUCAACAAAAACGAUGACUCUGGUGAUGUCCCAACAAACCUGGAGCUCAAAACGCCAGGAUCGACUACAGAUGAGAAUACAUCAUCAGGGAACCGUAAGAAAAGGAUUGCAGAAGGGAGUUCUUUGAGUAGAUGUUCAUCUCAUAGUGUACAGGAUAGCUCAUCAAGUAGCAUAGUCGGUGGUGGCAAGGGUAAUGAUUGAUGUGCUGGAGAAUUUUGACUAUUGCCUAAAGCUCUGACCUCUAUACUCCUAUAGGAAGUUCCUCUCAUACUGUAAUCUGUCCUUUCGGAUCUCAGUCUGCCUAACGUAAUACACUGGUGUAUUAGUGCGCUUAGAUUAUUUGAUUAAUGAUUUAUUAAUUCACUUCUGGAGAUGAAUCAUGUCAUUACAAAGUAUUAUGCAAUUACACGAGUAAUGUAUACUACACCUUGGUGUGUGAGAUUAAUUGGCAAGUUAGUGAAUUUGUAUGUGUUGCUGCAGCUCAGAUCAGAAGCUCUUCACUGUUCUGUUAUAACUUACUUCUGUACAGUGUUGUCAAUGUAUGUUUGUUAUAAAUGGACAAAUGGUGGUGUCUGGUAAGCUUACCGUAAUAUCUGUUUAUUGCA